AAUAUAAAUUACAAAUGGCGUUUACGUAGAAUAGACAGAUGUGUUCACGGCCACGAUGGGCGAUGAUUCUUUGAUAUUACGAGAAGAUGGUUAUAUUCAUAUGAACUUUCCUGUUACUUCUUUAACGUAUCAUAGUAAUUUAAAUAUAAUAUUGGUGAAGACUCUCGUUGGUGGUGUACACGUUUUGGAUGUGAACUCUGGUGUGAUACUCCAGUCUUCUUUCCUGUCAGCAGCGGACGAGGGCGGCGCGCUAGGCGUCGAGUACGCGCCGGGUGCGGACCGGGUUUUUCUGUGGGACAGCAGCGGCGUGGGCGCUCGCACCGACUACAAUGGGGUGCUCCUGCUGCACACGGCCCUGCAACGCCCGCUGCCCUCCUCGCAGCCCGACAAAAUAAUUCGCAUUGAACUCGUUUUGUCUGAGGCUGUUCUCCUGUACCAGUGUCUGGAGAGCCUAGACGCUCACUCGAUUGAGGGCCUAUCGGACUUCAUCACUGAACUCAAGAACGCCAUAGAUGCCGAGCCUGUUCGUAAGGGCGUGAAGGCGCAAAAGUGGAGCACAGUCAUCAUCCGACUGCCGCAGUCGACAGUCCGCUUGGUGACCACCGGAGUAGUCCAGGAGUUAAAAGGCCAGAACCGACGGAUUCCGGCCCUCGCUAUCGCCUCGGCCGUCGGCCAGCGGGCCAACGAGCUGGUACCCUGCUCCCGGGAUGAGGAGACCAGGCCGUUGAUGUACUCUGAGGCUGAAAGGAAAGAGACUUUCAAACGAUGGCCUCAUAUGGAUUACAAAUGGGCGUUACCCGCGCGUAUGGCGCAAGCAGGCUUCUACCACCAGCCCACACCUAGCGGCGACGACCGUGCUAUGUGCUUCACCUGCCUGGUGUGUCUAGUCUGCUGGGAGAAGUCCGACGAGCCCUGGGUGGAGCACGAGCGCCACUCGCCCAACUGCCCCUUUGUACGGGGCGAAUAUACGCACAACGUGCCCAUAUCAGUCACAAACGCCACAGCUUGCGCCGUCCCGAGUCCGAACGUGACCAUAGUGUCUAAAGGCAACACGGGGGAGCUGAUCGCCGCGGGAACUUCCGACGGCAAGGUCAACAUCUGGCGCUUUGAGUGCGGCCUGCGGUUGGCCAAGUUCAUCCACCUGUCGCCCUACGACUCGAUCUUCAGCGGUAUACUCAGCACGGACUGCAAUAAAGUCUGGUCGGCGAGUAUAGAGAAAGAUACCUCAACAUACGGCAUCGAAUUGACUGCUAUGUCAUUCGUCGGUAUGACGUCACAACAGGAAUCGUAUUCCCAAGCGCAGAGCGCGGAGGGCGCGGAAAAGGACACGGCCAGCACAUCGAAGACGAAACCCUCAUUGAUAUGCGCGGUCACCGUCACCAGGACCAACACCGCGCCCUCCGACCAGCCCAUCCAAGAAGACUCCAGUAAGGCUCUCUUCGAGACUGGUGCGGCGGAUAAGGCCAAAGAGAGCGUUCAAGCGAUGAACGACGAGAACGAAGCAAAAAGCAAUUUGCCGUCCUCAAAUAAAAUGUUGUAUCUUUUGACGUACGACAUACACAGUUCCGUAGCUGGGUCCGUGACCACGGUGGUCCAGACCAGCAACGGCAGCGGCAACUCCAAGCCCGGCGGCAGCAAGAAGGUUUGCACCGUCGCGCGCAAGGACGACGCCAACAUCUACGACGAGAUCUACUUCCAGUACUCCGACGAGGACACCGAGCUGCCGCCCUGCACCAGCAGCCUCAUGGACGAGCAGAUCAGCAACGUGAUUAACCUCAACGCGUCCUCCAGCAAGGACGACUGCAAGAUAUGGGAACCGAAGAAGAUUAUCUUCAUGAAGCAUUUCAAAGUGCCGCCUCCGCCGCCGCCCACGGCGCUGUUGCCCGAGCUCCCGGAAUCAGGACAGGGCAGCAUGCUGGACUUUGUCGGCAAAAUAUCCCAGCUCAAGAGCUGGAAGAGCGGCAACCUCGAGUCGGUCGGCACGAAGCUAGCCGACCAAACCGAUGCGGUCCUGCAGCAGGCGGACCCUAUAACCCACUACCUCAACAUGAACGGACCUCUAGAAAUCUCGGACCUCAAGUGGUACGAGGGAGGCGACGGCGGAAAGGUCAAGGUCACGACCUUCGGAGGCACAAAAGUCAAGACGCAGACCGUCGUCAGCAACAGCAACAACGACGGCUUCGACAGCGACCCCCCGGCCGAGGAGGUCGUGUCGCAGGGCAUCGCCAUACAGUGCCUCAACGUCCCGACCAAUCUCAUCCUCAACGACGACUCCAAAGUCACCCAUCUCUUGCCCACUGAAGAUAAGGAGCAUUUACUCGUCGUCGUCUCGAGUAUCACCUCGGUCUCGGUGAAACUCGAGGACGACGCGGACACCGACGGCGAUAUAUGGAUGGACGUCGACGAGGUGACCGAGCCGCCGACCGAAAAAGAUUGUUCAGACGCGAAGGCCUACUUCCUUCUCUACAAAAUCAACAGCCAAACCUCUGUGUGCACUUUGGACGACAACCCAGUGUUCAUGAAAGAGUUGCCAUACAACGAAAGUCCCGUAGACAUAUGCCUGUUGCCUAUGGAUAAGCACUCGUUCGCAGUAGUCUCAGUUGACGGCUGCCUCCGAUUGUACUCGAUCGCUGACUUUUCUUUGUUGACUGAGAAACGAGUUCCUAAAGAACACUUUUCAUCUGUCACUUUCUGUGCUUCGGUCGACCGCCUGAGCGUGUCGACGAAGCACGGAAUCAUUUACUUCUACGCCCUGAACAACGGCGAGAAAGAUAACACAGGGGACGUGGACGACGACGAAUUCGCCAACAUAGAUUUCGACAUGCUUCAGAAAGCGCCUCGAGACGAGGUGUGCGGGCCGCUGCCCCCGCCCGUCAUCAUCGCGAACAAGACUGAGUUGGAUAUGAAUGACUUGGAAGCAUUGAUAUCUCUAACAGGGUCUUACGGUACGAACACGACGGUGCCCUACAGCGCCGUGGUGCCCGGCUUCUGGUGCGAGCUGUCUCCCGCGCAGCGCUCCAGAUCCGACCACCAGAAUAACAGGACUUGGAGACUCCAGUCGUCGACCUGGGACGAGCACGUCCUGGAAUUGACCUUGCCGUACAGCGUUUCGUUAGCGCACGUAGAGUUCGGCUUCACCUUGCACACGGCCUGCUCGGCCAACCUGCCGGUGAUCCAGGUCACACUACUGAAACAGAACCUUCACGGGCUCGGAUACAAGAAAGACGCGUCGUACGGCUCGCCCGUGCACUUUUCGAUCGACGCAGAAAACGCGACUAACGUCGAGAACCCGGUCAACAGCGAGGAGUAUUUGCAAGCUCACAACGCCGAGAUUCUCGCCGGUCCAUUGCUGUUAUCCUCCGGGCUGGACUUGACGCAGCAGUCCGGCACGCUCAUAUUGACCAGUCCCCGCCUGUAUCGAGCACGAGGUCGGACGUUCUUGAUACACAUCAAGUCGCUCUUCGACCCGGCCAAGGACCUGAAGGCUCAGUCCAAAGAGAGCGGGUCGAAGAAGUCCGGUUUUAUUGGAUGCGACUGGCUGCACCAGAUAUCGCUGACGGUGCGCGCGAGCCCGCCGACUGAUAUUCCAAUGGAGCGGCAGCAGAGGAUCGCGAUGCUCGAAUCUAAUUCGUUUUUGGACACUCUUUGCGAGAUCGCGACCGGCGGGGGUGAUUCCGAGAAGCGGAAAUUGGCUUUGGAUUUGCUGAUUUGGACGGUAUCGAUCCGUCUGCAGCGGAUUCGCGCUGCUAAGGCGGAGAAAGGCAAGGGUAAAGAGACUGGUAGCGCGGCCGAGGCGGCGCAGCUGGAGUGCGCGCGCGCCGUGGAGCGCCACGCCGACGCGCUCAUCAAGAACUGCGUGCUGUGCUCCAACCGCAGCAUCGCCAAGAAGUGCGUCAAGAUCAUGCUGAUCACGAGCGAGGGCGUAAAGCAACUGCCCAAGCCUUGGAAGUCGACCUUCGAGCAGACACUAACCAACAGCGUGAGCGGGUGCAUCCCGUUCCUCGGCGCGUGCGAGUCGCCGGGCGCACUGCGUUGGUUGGCGGCGCUGGCACAGCACGCGGCGCGCGGUGGCCAGCGACAGGCGGCGGCGACGCUCGUGGCGGGAUGCCUGGCGCUGUUAGAACGCACUGCGAGGUGUCUGCGCGACCGAGCUGAUGUGUAUCAUCAGCUGCUGAGGGCUAGGUUUGGCCUAUACGGGCUGCCGCUAGAGCGCACAAUCUUCGCAUCAGAAGUGCCAGAACUGGGCCGCGGCUCGUCGACUCCAGUCACAUACGCCAGCGUGCUCGCAGGCGACAACGCUACGCCGCCCAGCGCUAAGACUGAUUGCCAGCUCAAAGACUUGCUCAAUCUACCCCCGGAUAUCGAUGCGAAGUCGCCGCCUUCAUCCGUCGCGGCGUGGGCGCAGAGCAACGGAGUGGGCGUGUUCGGGGCGGGGCUUAGCGAGGCCAUGCCCCUGCACGUGACGUGCCACGCCGCCUCCGACGGGACCAAACUGGAGUCCACUGGUGGCCGUCACCACGCCUCUGUUGUCAGCUACAUGCCUGGCGCGCUGGGAGUGGCUGAUCCUAACCAGCUUUGGUCCGCAGUGAAAGAGGGCCAAAUGAAACAAACAUCCCAAGAUCCCGACUCUUUAGAGGACGUCGAGAGCUCUUUGAUGGACUGUGAUCCUCAAGAGAAACUCGAGUUUUCUGAAGAGAAGCUUUUUAAGGAACAGGAGCAGUGCAAGAUCCCGUGGGCGGGGCUGGUGACGCGGCCGCCGCAGCAUACGCUGGUUGUGGAGCGAAUGCACUCGGGCGCGCGCAGAUAUAUCGUGCUCGACUUCGGACACACUGUUCGCCUCACAGACGUGAUAAUCCCGUCGUGCUCGGACCUGGUGACGCUAUGCAUCGACAUCUGGGUGGCGGGCGAGGAGACGGACUGCGUGAAGCUGGUGUUCGCCACCGACAUCGCCACGAAACAUCUGCUGCUCACCGACAUACAGCCGCCGCCGCUCUGCCGGUACAUGAAGAUCACAACAAUAGGCCGCUAUGGGAUGUCGGCAAUGAAGUGCAAGAUCCCCCUCGGCUGGUUCUACGGCGAGAUCGCCGAAAUCGCUAACGUGCAAGCGUCCGUAAACGCGCUCAACGCUUUGCACCAAGACCUGGCCUGCAGGUUUAGGCUUGCAUCAGGCAAACUAAUGGACCUACUCAACCCCUACCUCGAACUAUACAACGGGAACGCCGCCCACAUGAUGGCGUACCUAAACAUCGCCAACGACACCGACAACAGUGUAGUCGCGGCCUACACCGAGUGCAUUGAACUCCAGCAGCAACUACACACUUGCAACAACAUACUGAAGAGACUGCAGAACACGCCGGAUUGCAAUCCGACGAUAUUGAACCUUAUUAACAAGGGCAAGAUCAGCUCUGAAGCGCUGCUGCAGAGGUCGUCGACCGACAAGCUGACGGUGAUCAGCGAGAAUGUCGUCGAUAUGCUGCUGUACUUCUUCUUCCAAAUGGGCGAUGUGCCGCACGAGGAAGUGACCCUGGAAUGGUGUAAAGCAGUGUGCCCAGUGUCGUGGGAGUGGGGCGGGCGCGCGGGCGCGGCGCUGGCCACGCUGGCGGCGCGGCUGUGCGGCGCGGCGGGCUGGUGGGGGCCCUACCUGGCCGACACGCUCGUCGCCGCGCUGCAGGACGCCGACGCGCCGCCCAGGGCGCUGGACAGAUGUCUCGUGCUAGUGAUGUACAUGUGCCGCAAGAGUCUCUUCGCUCAAACCGACCCCGAGCAAGGCGUCGCGGCCGCGCUGGCCGAGCGCGCUCUCACACUAGUCAGGGCUCCGAGGGCACAACCGGCGCUGACAGCCGCUAUACUGACGGCACUUGCGGCUGUAUUAGACGCCGCGGCCGCUGCGCCGGCCAGCCAAACAAAACACAACCGCUGGGACUGGGUAAGCGGGGGCCGCGUGGGCGGCGGCGGGGAAGGCGCCCGCCCAGAAUGCCGCCUGCACCGCCGCAAGCUGCACAAAAAACUCCUCCACCAGAUGCAGGAGUUAGAAGCAGCGAGACGCGGCAUCCAGGUGGCCCUGGAGGAGCAGCAGGUGAAACUACAACGUGCCCGUUUCGGUCUGAAGGCGCGCAUGGCGAUGGUGGGCAAGCGCGACGCGGGGGCGAAGGCCGAGGCCUCCGGGCCGCCGGUGGAGGCCCGGUCCGUGAGCCCUAUGCCGCCCGAGCUCGGCUCGCGACUCGGCGCCGCGCUGGUGGCACAUAUGCUGGCGGCUGAUAGCGCCUCGGACGGGGAUGCGCUGCUGUUGUGCGCUAAGGUGGUGGGCCGUCUAUGCUGCGUAUGCGGCGGCGCAGGCCUACUAGAGCCGUCCGGCGUGCUAGGACUAGCGCGGCUGGCCGUCACGCUGCCGCCCUGGCCGCGCCACGCGCUCACCACGCUCUUACAGGACUUAGUAGAAUUCGAAAGCGGCUCACCCAACACGAGCCCGUCCGCGUCGACGGAAGAGGCGUGGCCUGCUGCCGGCUCGUCGCGCUACCACGCCCCGCCCGCGCCCAAGCCACGCCCCAAGGGCGCCACUGUCGCAGAUGCGUUAGCCGAUAGUUUUGGUCUGGUGAAGAGUAGCAACUUUAGCAAGCCCAAAAUUGUCACACAAGAAUCGAUCAAAGACAUCGAGAUAGAGGAGCAUCUUGCUCAAGUGACGGAGUCGGACGACUCGGAGACCGAGGAGAAACUCGAGCAGUACUUCCUGGACGCCGUCGCCGUCAAGAAGGAGACCAGGAGCAAACUGGCCAUUGACAAUAUCACCAGCGUGGUAUCAGAAUGCGGCGACGCUCGCCUUGAAAGCGGCGCGGGAGGCGCGGGCAUCGCCGCCGAGGCACUAGCGAGGCGCGCCCUACUAAACACCGGCGGGGCGCUCGCCGCCGCUUUACGCGCGCCGACGCCGCCGCCGCCGCCGCCGCCCGCGCCGCCGCAGCCUACGUCGCCAAGCUCGCGACCGCAUCCGCCGCUCACGCACACGCUGUAUGACGUGUUCAGGCAUCUGGCGCUGGAGUUCCACUAUCAGAUGGACUGCACGUUCAUGGAGAACGUGAUCGCGCUCUGGUUAACCCUCAACGGGUCGGCGUGGGGCGGCGCGUGGUCGCUGGCCACGCUGGCCGUGCCCGCCGACAUGCCGCGCGUGCGCUUCGCCCCAGACACCGUCAACGCGCUGCUGCAGUCGCUGUGCACAUUGGAAAACGUAUCGCUGAGGUGUUGGGUGUUAUCCAUGCAAACCCUCGCCUGGAUCACUAAUUUGCCUUUGCAGAUGGAAGGCAGCACUCAAACGAUGGGUCGAGUGAUACUCGAAUGCGAGCACUUCGUACCAGCUGUGGUGAAGUUCAUCACCAUGAAUGUUGCUACAGAUGGUGCUGUGAUAUCCUCGGAACCUUAUCUCGGCGGAGCCACAAUCGGCGCGGGCGCAGGCGCCGCGUCCGCCCUCCACGCGUUGCUGUCGCGCGUGGUGUGCGCGCGCGGCGCGGCGGGCGCGCUGGCGUCGCUGCGGAUGGUGGCGAGCGUGUGGCGGCGCGGCGGCGAGCCCGGCCAGGCCUACGACCUGCAGGCCACGCUGCUGCGCCUGGCGCUGUCCAUCCUGCAGCUGCUCAGCGGCCGCCACACGCAGCAUGCGGUCGCGCUGCUCGACACCGUCGCUCACAUGUCAGCCGGCUGGGUGCGCGAGAGCAACAGCUCGCGCGGCGAGGCCGGGUCGGAGGCGCGGCUGUCGGGGCUGCUGGCCGACGUGCUGGGCGGCGGCGGCCGGCGCGCCCCGCUGCGACGCGCCGUGCUGGCCCAGCUGCUGCACUACUGCCGCAAGCUGCUGGCCGUGCCCUACCCGCCGCCCGCGCCGUCUGGAUCAAGUCCGAACAUGUCCACUGGCGAACAAUCACAAACGGACGAGAGCAAAGCGCAGCACUCGCAGCAAGCGUCUACUAAUGUGGAAGACGAACGCAAGCAGCAAGCUGCGAGAACGCCUUGCCACGCUGACACAGUACUACAACACCCGCUUAUUAUGGAGAGAUUCUACAGAACGCUGUCCAUGUGCGACGGCAUGAGCAACCUAUUUUUGAACUCUGGAAUGAACUCAGAGACGGCUGGCGACUACGCGUCUCUGAAGGAGGAGGUGUUCUGGCUCGUAGCCACCAUCCCUAGCGUGGCUGCCAACCCUGUGCUGAUGGUUUCUAGCAUUAUGGACUUUCUCAGGAAAGAAGAGGUCGUCCACCUAUCUCAAGCCAUGCAGCAGCUCAUCAUCCGGCUGUUGGACAAGCCCGAAGCGCAGGCGGCUUUCAUCGAGGCCGGCGGGCUCGAGCUGGCUGUCGAGAAGCUCACCGCCUGCCAUCUGUCAGGACCGAGCAACAGCCAGGGGCUAGUGUCCUCGCUGAUGAACUACCUGAAGCUGCCGCCGCAGCUCAUCAACCUUUCCACGCCCGCUACCAGCAGCAAGAAGAACCAGCCGCCCGUCAUCGAGACCACUAACGGGCUCGUCAACAUCGCGCCGCUGUGUUCGGUGUCGUGCGGCAACCCGACCGCGCAGGCGGCGGACGUGCUCCUAGAGGGAAGCGGCACGAGCAGCGGGCGCGGCACGUGCGCGGCGCGGCGAGUUCGCGCGGCCGCCUGGUCCUACCACUUCUUCAGCGCUGACGACACGUCGCUGGCUCUCACGCUCACGCUGCCCUACGCUGCGGCCUUACACGAGCUACAGUUGCAGCCGCAUCUUACUAGUCUAGCCACGUGCCCAGGCGCCGUGGGCAUCGAGGCCGGCUGCGGCGACACGGUGGCGCCGCUGGGCCCGCCGCAGUGCACGGCCGGCAUGACGUUCAUCCGCCUGGCGCUGGCGCGGCCCGUGGUGUGCUCCACCGUCCAGCUGCGGCUCUACCGCCCGCGCGACUCGUCCAACAUGGGCCUGCUGCAGCUGCGGCUGCUCGUGGCGCCCGCCUUCAGCCCGCACGCGCCGCCCGCGCCGCCGCCCUCGCCACGCCCCUUUGUCCCACUAACAACUUUGUCGAACGAGCAGCGCCACCGUAUUUAUAGUACCGGUUCCCGCAGGAACAACUGGGCGUGCGUGAUAUCCGCGUGCACGCGCGCGCGAUCCGGCGCGACGCGCUGGGGCGCGGCCGCGGGCGCCGGCGCGAUCAACGCGCUGUGCGCGUGUGUGUUAGGAGGAGGGCCGCCGGCGCACCACGCGCACCACGCGCUGCUGGCCGCCGCUGUGCACGCGCCGUCGCCCGCGCAUCGCGCGAGAGUGCUCACUGCGUUGUUGCAGACCGAUUCUGCUGCUAGAGCUCACGAGUUCCAAGUGUCCCCCAACAUGCGCGGCUGCGGCGGCGCCAUGAACGGCGUGUGCGAGCUAGUGCGGCAAUUAUGCGCUCGCUGCCCCGCCGGCGCCGCCCACGCCUACCUGCAGUGGCUGGCCGGCGCCGCCGAGCGCUGGCUGCGCGACCGCACGCCGCCCUCCGCCGCGCUCACGCACACGCUGGCCACGGUGUUGUGGACGUUAAAAGAAGAAAGAUCUCUAGAAGACUUGGAACAGCUCAUCACAGAUGACUUGUUCGAGUUAGUGUACACGUGGGUCAAGGAUGUUCCCGAAUCUAGUCUACUAAAGAAAUCCCUUGAUUCCAUAUUGUGCUCAAUGUGCUACAUUCGCCCGGAAUUAUUUAAGAUGCUUCUGGAACAAAUGGAUAUUCCUAUGGAUCAAGAAGAAAGCAUGGAAGGCCUAACCGACGACACAAAGGUGCACGCCAUGCCAAGCGGCCGGCCAGAGCCGGCGGAGUGCGACAGCAGCGUGGCUUGGAAGCUGCGCGGCUGGCAGCUGCAGACCGUGGCCGCCGCCGCCAUGUCGCCCGCCGCCACGCCCGCGCUGCUGCACUCGCGGCUGCCUGCUUGCGCCGUGCGCGCCAUCACAGAAUUCAGCGAAGCAAAGCUAGAACUUAUCAAAGAGCAAAUGUCCUCACAAGACGACGUAACCAUGCUUGAAUGUGAGAAGGAAUUGCCUCAACCCAAUACUGAACUACCGUCAAUGAAAAACGUAUGCCAACUGGUGGAGUUCGCGCGGUCCCUGUGCGCCGAGCGGCGGCUGAAGGAGUGGCUGGGCACCACCGGCGCCUGCUUCUGGCAGCCGCUGCUCACGCUGCUGUGCUUCCCGCGACCGCCCGAGACCACGUGGCAAGAAGGCGCGCAGUACGCGGCGCUAGAAGAGGCCACGAUCCGGCUGUUCGCCGAGCUCAACGUGUGCCACGCCGCCAACCAGAAGCUCUUCGCGCACACGCUGCACCGGAUACUCGAGUCCAUGCACUGCACUGGUCCAGAGGGCAUCUCCGGGUUCACCCGAUCUCUGAUCCUCCGCCUGGUGCUAUCCGGGUCGCGCAUGCGCGUGGCGCUACGCUGGGGCGGCGCCUGGUGCGCGUGCGGCGCCUGCGGGUCCCCGCCGCACGCGCCGCCCGCGCCGCCCUCCGCCCCGCCCAGACACCCCUCGCACCCGGCGGCGGCGCAUCAUGCGGUGCUGACGCUGCCGCUGCAUACCACUUGCGCGUGCGGCGCCUGCGGGUCCCCGCCGCCCGCGCCGCCCUCCGCCCCGCCCCGCCACCCCUCGCACCCGGCGGCGGCCCACCAUGCUGUGCUGACGCUGCCGCUGCAUACCACUGUGAGGGCGCUGCUGGCUGAACAUAGGCCUCCAUUACCAAUAAUAGACGACACGGCAAAGAUGUGCGUGAGCACCGCUCCAGGCGGCGCCAACUCGGUGCUUCGCAGCGCUUCGGAUACGGCCAUCAUGACUGUGGCCGAGGCCUGGGAGCUUAGUCUGGCUGCUGCUAGUGCGUCCAAAGACAAACGCGUCAAGGACGUCAAGAACACGUCUCUGAAGCACCAGAACAGCAAGAAGAGGCAGCUGAAGGCGACUAAUGAACCUUCAGUGCUGUGUGUGAGUGAUGAACUCAUCGAGUCCACAAUCCGGGUGCAAGUGCCGGGUCUGGAGGGCUUCAUCCCGCCCAGCACCACCCUAGCACAACUGGCCAUGGCCGCGCCACAGGCGUUCGGACCACACCUCACGCUCACGCUGCAUCUCAACACCAAUGGCGACGUCUGGUCGGGUCCCACGUGGGAGCCGCCGGCGACCACGAGCGCGGGCGCAGGCUCGCGCUGCGGCGGCGUGGUUCUGCGAACAUUCGCGGCGUGCGGUGGGCUCGCGCUAGUGGCUGCUCGCCUGCCGCGCCCGCACGCGCCGCCGCACCCGCCGCCUGCGCAGCACCAUCAUCACCACGACCUGGACUGGGUCAAGCUGGACGAUCCUUACGAGGAGGUGGUGGAACUAGGCGUGAUCUCAGGAAGUAGUGCAGCGACGGAGGAAGGCGGCGGGGUGCCGGCGCACGCGCUGGGAGCCCUGGGACUCCUGCUGAAGCUGCCGCGCUACGCCGCCGCGCUACUGGACGAGGGCGCGCGUGCUGCGCAUUUGCUGCGCCUGCUGCUCGGCGUGGCGCACGACGAGGAUGGCCGGAGCAUAGUAGUCGGCGGCAACGGCAGCGGCACCGGCGAAGCGGGCUGGUCGCUCGGUACUCUGCCGUUCCGCGUGGUGUCCCGUCUCUUAGAGACCAGCGGGCCGCUCGGCUCGCCCGAGGCUGUCGCCUUACGCCGCGCCCUGCUGGCGUUGGGCGCCGUGCGGCUCGUGCUUGCCUGCCUGGCGGUGUUCACGCACCAUCGACCCGCAUCCAAUGAUAACAGCCAAGCGUCAAACGGGUCGGGCAAGUCGGAGGACAAGAGCCAGCUGUACUGGGCCAAGGGCACGGGCUUCGGCACGGGCUCCACGCAGCAGUCGUGGAACGUCGAGCAGGCGCUCGUGCGCCAACGCACUGAGGAGGAGCACGUCACUGUGCUCUUGCAAGUCAUAGCCUCAUACAUGAACCCCGGCGAGAAGUGGCCUCCCGAAGAGAACACCUCGGAAGACGAGUCCUCUUCCGGGCGGUCGUCGACCCCCGCCGAGACGGAGGGCGAGGGGGAGGGGGAAGCCGAAGAGGACGAGCCACGUGACCUGCCCGCGGAGUUCAUCGACCUCAUCGCCGGCAGCUCGCUGGUGCCCGCGAUAUGCUCGUACCUUAGGAAUGACUCGGUGUUGGACAUGUCGCGGCACAUCCCUCUGUACGUGUGCGUGCUGCGCUGCGCACGCGCACUGGUGGGCGCGCGGAGCCGGCGGCUGGCGCCCGCGCUGCGCCCGCUGCCGCGCCUGCUGCACAACAUGAGCCGCACCACCAACUCCUACGCCGCCAAGCUUAGAAUGAGUAAAAAGAAUAUAUUCGGAAAGAUGACGUAUAGCCAAAGAUUUAGCACAUCAAGUAAUUCAGAAUUAUCGGAAGAAGACGAAGGCCUCGCAGCGCUCAUUGCUGAUAUACAGGCGACGUCUGCGCUGGUGUGGCGCGCGGAAGGCGGCGCGGGCGCGGCGGGCGCGGGCGAGGCGCUGGCGGCGCGCGCGCUCAGCGGCGCCUCGCGCGAGGCGCGCUACAUCGAGCUCAUGCGCACCAUGCAGUUCGAGACCUUCGAGAUGAUAGCGGAGUGUCCCGACACGGGGUUCCGGUUCACGGUGCCGUACCACUUCGAGGGCGCGGUCCGGGCCGCCGGCGCGCGCGCCGCGCCCGCGCGGAUGAAGCGCCUCGCGCAGGAGGCCGCCACGCUCGCCACGUCGCUGCCGCUGUCCUACUCCUCCUCCGUGUUCGUCAGGACCGACACCGACCGCCUGGACGUCAUGAAGGUCCUAAUAACGGGCCCGUCGGACACGCCGUACGCGAACGGCUGCUUCAUCCUGGACGUGUACUUCCCGGCGGAGUACCCGGCGGUGCCCAUGCUCAUCAACCUGGAGACGACGGGCCGCCACUCGGUGCGCUUCAACCCCAACCUCUACAACGACGGCAAGGUCUGCCUGUCCGUGCUCAACACGUGGCACGGCCGGCCCGAGGAGAAGUGGAACGCGCACACGUCUAGCUUCUUACAGGUGCUGGUAUCGAUCCAGUCGCUGAUCCUGGUGCCGGAGCCGUACUUCAACGAGCCGGGCUACGAGCGCAGCCGCGGCAGCAGCGCCGGCUCCAGCGCGUCGCUGGAGUACAACUCCAACAUCUACCAGGCCUGCGCGCGCUGGGCCAUGCUCGACCACCUGCGCAGCCCCGAGCCCUGCUUCAAGGAGGUGAUCCAGACGCACUUCUGGAUCAAGCGCAACGAGAUCAUGCAGACGGUGGCCAACUGGAUCACCGAGCUGGAGGGCCAGGGCGGCGACGAGCGCACGCAGCGCACCAUACAGCUCAACCUCAUGGCGCUCAAGCGGCACUACGUGAAGCUCCAAGAGGAGCUGGCCAAGCUGCCGGUGCCGCCGGGGCUGGAGGCGCUGGACGAGCCCUUCGUGCUGCCCGCCGCGCCCGCGCACGACGCGCCCGCGCCCGCGCCCGCGCCCCAAGACAUCGACCACGACAUGGAGAAGAUUGUCGCGCAGGUGCUGGACUGAACCGGACACCGGUGGUGAUCAACGUCCCCCCCUGCCGCGCCUCCCCCGCGAAAGUACAGUCGCGGAAUGAAAAGGUUCGUCACCUUAGUGUCGGUUUUCGCUUGCACUAUAGUCUUUUUCACGUAAGAUGAUCCGUAUGACACUUCAAGGUUAUCCAUAUUACGCAUACUACAUAUGCAGAAUAUUUUUGAAAAAAUAUUUGUAUUUUAUUAGCAAUAUAAUAAAAAAAAAUUAACUACUUGUCUUGAAAUAUGUAGUAAAAUCUGAGUCUAUUGAUUAUAUUUUAAUUAAAUACGAUGUAAAAAUAUUUUUUAUUUAAUGUACGCAAUGUGUGAAACGGAAUAGAUUUUGUGCUGGGGUAUUUGUUAUAUGAUAAAAUCGAUUAUUUCCGCGGUUCAUUAAUCGAUUGCAGUGAAUACUUAGUUAUUAAAAACAUCACAAAAAUCAACUGUAUUUUUCGAUUAUUGACUUUAAUAAACGCAUUGAAAAUAAAUU